GUUGUCCUCUUGCAGUAUGGUGCAACGCAAAGUCUUAUUCACCCAAGUCGAUCGUCGACUCCGUCAUCAAAAGCUCCUCGUCGCUGCCAUGUCCACGACGAUGGGCCUCUUCCGCGCUGGCCAGGCGUUGCGCCACGCUGCUCGUGCAGCCCUCAGUACGCACCUACCUGGUAGCCUUGACCAGCGGUGGCAACAGCGCUCGCCGGCCUCCCCGCCUGCCACGUUGCCGCCGCGGCCUGUAUCCGGACGACUGACCGGCAACCGUCGCAGCGUGUCUUUGUCGGGCGCGUGUCUCUUUACUGAGCCGGCCCGGCAAAGUGGGCUCACUCCUCUUUGCCUCAGUCGAUCGGCGACUUGCAGAAUCACGUCGCACUUUCGAUCUUUCCUCGCUGUCGCCACAGCCCAAGCCAUCCUCAUGGUCGCCUACCUCUACUCCCAAGACGCCGCCGAGCUGCCAGCGUACCCGACGUCGGCCGACAUAGUGAUUGUCGGCGCCGGCCUCGCCGGUAUGUCGGCGGCGCUCGAGGCCAUUGCGCUCCGCCCCGAUACGCACAUUGUGCUGCUCGAGAAGGAGGACCGCCUCGGCGGCAACUCGGCGAAGGCCUCGUCCGGCAUCAACGCGGCGCGCGACGAUGACGACGUCUCGCUGUACACGGACGACACGGUGCGCUCGGGCGGCGGCUUCUCGAACGUCGAACUCGUCACCAAGCUCUCGGUGGAGAGCUUGGACGGCCUCGAGUUCUUGAAGGCCAAGGGCGUCGACCUCUCGGUGCUCUGCCAGCUCGGCGGCCACAGCGCCGAGCGCACGCGCCGCAACCAUUCGGGCCCGAACGUUGGUACGCACAUCAUCCUCGCGCUCAAGAAGGCCAUCGAGGCCAUCGACUCGAUCGACGUCAUCAACCACGCCCACGUGACGGCGCUCGAAAAAGAAGAGGACACGCAUGCCGUCACAGGCGUCACGUUCACGGUCACGCCCGAGACGAGCUUUACGAUCGCGACGCGCCGCGUCAUCCUCGCGACCGGCGGCUACUCGGCCAACCCGACGCUUCUGAAGCAGCUCGCGCCCGGCAUGGAGGAGUUUGCGACCACCAACGGCGCGUGGGCGACCGGCGACGGCCUCGCGCUGGCGACCGACCUCGGUGCGGCGCUCAUCCACACGGACAAGGUCCAGCUGCACCCGACGGGCUUCAUCGACCCGAAGGACCGCACCAAGCGAACCCGCUUCUUGGCGCCCGAAGCGCUCCGUGGCGCCGGUGGUCUGCUCUUCAACACGGACGGUCGCCGCUUUGUGAACGAGCUCGCAACGCGCAAGGUCGUCUCGGAGGCGAUCCUCGAGCAGCCGCACAAGCGGUCGUUCCUUGUGCUGCCCAUCACCGAGGCCGUCACGGCCGCGACCGGCGCGCUCGGCCUCUUCUUCUACCAAAAGAUUGGCCUCGUCUCGCACAUGACAAGCCUCGCCGACCUCGCGACGCACAUGGGCGUCGACGAGAGCGUGCUCCAAAGCGAACUGGAGCACUACGUUGCGGCGGCCUCGACGCGUGGCCCCGAUGCCUUUGGCAAGACCGUGUUCCCGAACGCGCCGGCGGAGGUCCCGUCCGACAACUAUGUGCUCGAGAUUGAGCCCGUCGUGCACUACUGCAUGGGCGGUGUGCAGAUCAACGAAGACACGCAGGUCGUGACGCCCGAGGGCAAUGUCAUCGAAGGGCUCUUCGCGGCCGGCGAGGUCUCGGGCGGCUUGCACGGCCAGAACCGCCUCGGUGGCAACUCGCUCGCCGAGUGCGUCGUCUUUGGCCGCGUCGCGGGCCAAGCCGCGCUCAAGGGCUUGUGAAGCGCGCGGCUC